CUAUUUAUUGUAGUUCGCAACACUGGGGCGGCGCGCGCGCUCUGUGUUUCCAAGCAUUACUCUGUAGAUUACUCAUGUCCGCCGGUUUUUUGCGCAGUAAUUAUGUGUUGAUUAGUGUGAUAAUACAUUUAAAAGUUUUAUGGUGACAUGUGUAUGGUGCAGCGAGUUAUUACAAUAUAUAAUUUGUAAAAGAUGGCGCCACCAAAAUACAUAGUCGUUAAGUUUUUGGACAAGAAAGAUGGAGAUAGCUUCGCAUUCGUGCCCGAGUCGUGGGUGGAAGCAGAUCGGCCCACAGACAACACAAUAGUAAUUUUUUAUCCCACUGAAGAUAAAAUAGCAACAGAAAAUCGCGUUAAAAACAACGAGCAACCGAGGGCCGAUUGGAACCAAUAUUUGUGCGAACUGCUACAUACGACCAAUCACUAUGGCGACGCGAAAAUAGACACUAUGAAAAAAAAUUUAGAGGCAAAGGAAAAGCCAGCAGCCAAAAACGAAGGUGUGAAGGGAGAGAAGCGAAGAUGCACACUUUCGUCAAACUCCGCUCAAAAGCAGUCAAAACUUCCUACCAUUAACAUUGCCCACACCUCCGUACAACCAAUCGAUGAACCUCAAUAUGCAACGAUAUUGAAUCCAUCACCACACGUCGUUGGACCUAUGGUGAACUUCUUCAUUCCCAUCGGAGAUUUCGUGUGUAACCUUCAAGUACCAACGCAACUGCUGGACUUAGCCAAAGAGUACACAAAACCUGGCAGUGCGUGUAACACUGCAAAGAAAGAAGGUCCAAAUAUUGCCCUAAAGCAAACAAAAAUUGAUGAAUACAACAAAACGGUGAAAAUGAACGAAUCGAAUAUGAUGUCCAAUGAUCAUCCAGAUCAAGAAGGCACGAGGUGGACGCUGAGACAUCCGCGUCCAGGCCCGGGGCUCGUGGAACUCUGCGAUAACAGUAAAGUGUACGUGAAUGGCGACCAGCUCCGAAGGUAUACAGCGGCAGCAGCAACAAGCAGGAACCUCGUUCGUACACUACUCUCUCUCGUUUUCACCGAGGAAGCUCUGUCUAUCUGUACUUUGACAAGAAAGAAGAAUCAAUUAGAUAUGGAAGCGGUCUACGCUAUGUUUAAGUAUGUGGGUAAUGUCGGAAGUCAGAGGAAGUGGGGUGACGUCGAUAUUCAAUAUUUGAACGAAUGCGUGCGCCAGAAACUGCAGGAAAUAAGGCGGCGUACGACCACGAAAAGCUACACACAGGGGUAAUGGGAGUGCUUGCAGGCAGGUGAAGGACCCUCAUCAAUAGGGGACCGGCCUGUGUUCGAUUUUGUACAUUAUUCUAUAUGAAAUGGUUGAUAAUACGAAAAAGAAACCCUCCUGCGAAAACUGCAUUAAAAUUGGUUAAAAAAUGAGUCAGUAACUCAUAUUUCAAAUAUUACUAUGUGCCGAAGUGGGGAUAUCGCUUCAUCUCUUUCUUUCGCACGCGUCGUAAUGCCCGAUGACGUCACACGUGGGUAUUGCGCCUCUUUUCUGUUUCUUGUUACUUACCCCUUCUACCGAAAUUAAAAGACUUAUAACUUGUUGAUUUUUUACCGGAUUUAAAUAAUUCUUUCUGUGUUAUAAUUUAUAUAACGUAAAUAUUUGAUAAUAACAAAGAACAAAAAUGAGUCCGGUACCCUAUUGGUAACCCGUUAUUCUUAAGCCUGAAGUGCCAUUUAGUGAUCACCUGGCAGGGUUUCUCAAUUGAGAUACGCGCAAAGUCCCCCCCUGGCGGGAGGGAAUGUGCCCAAGAGAUUCUAAAAAAGUUGCCAAAUAUAAAGCAACCAAAGUCCUAAGUCUGACUUGAUAUGCUUGAUCGAUCAUUCCCGUACGUCGAAACUUAAAUGAAUUAACAAUGGGUUUUUAUAUUUAAUCUGACAGUGAUAAUAAUUGUUUGUGUGUUCUCAUGAGAGUGACGAGGUUCUGCUAUUUGAUAUGUAACUAGUUAAUGGGUAUAUGAUAUAAUUAGUUAAUGGGUUCGCAGUUAUCUGACAACUUUAACAAGGGUUCGUGAAGCCUAAAGAUUGAGGAACCCUCACCUACCGCAUUAGCAGUAGAAUAUAAUAUAUAAAUAAUAAUAUCAGCCCUGUGUUAUAUACUGUCCCACUGUUGGGCACGGGCCUCCUCUACUACUGAGAGGGAUUAGGCCUUAGUCCACCACACUAUAGUGCGGAUUGGUAGACUUCACACACCCUCGAAAUUCCUAUAGAGAACUUCUCAGAUGUGUAGGUUUCCUCACGAUGUUUUUCUUCACCGUUAAAGCGAGCGAUAAUUCACAAAGAAUACACACAUAUUUUUUUAGAAAAAUCACAGGUGUGUGCCCUUUGGAUUUGAACCUGCGGUCAUUCGUCUCGGCAGUCCGUUUCACACCCAACUAGGCUAUCGCCGGUUUUUUUGUAAAUUAAUAUAUAAUAUAAAAUAAAAUUUCUUUUAAUUCAGAAUCAGAGCUUGGCUGUGAUUAUUUAUCGUCAAGUGGACUCAAACUACAAAAUCAGUUGAUGAAAUAUAUUUUAGUUAUAUGUUUUCAUCUAUAUUCGUUACUUUUUAAGUGUUUUAGACUUUUUAAUUUUAUAUAGGAAAUUAAAAGUAUAAGUUAACUAGACUUAUACUAUAUUACUACCGCCCAGCCUUCGGGCGGUUAUGUUGGAAUCACCGUGCCUUACGACCCGAGAUUUUUUUUUUUGGGGAACUGCCGUGGUUACCGCCUGGGAUUCCCUGCUAACGGUGUACAAGCGCUCCCCCGGCUUAGCAACCACGGCAGUCCCAUGAUGAGUUGGUGGGCCCUACAGCUAUCACUGCAGACGCCAGCGGAAGGUUCGCUGGCAGCAUGCAGCUACUCGGUCUUAGGGCCUCGGAGGACGAUGGAAGAGGAUAGAGGGAAAGAAGAGAAGAGGAAGGAGGAGUUAUUAGGACGGUUGGUGUUUUACUGGUUGGAGACUUUAUGAAACUCUCAUAUAUCAGGAACGGCUUUACUGUGUGCGCGCUAUCGGUCGUGGUAGGAACGGAACAGGAUGAGUAGCAACGAUAGUGUUGCCGUCUAUUGAGGCAUGACCAUAGGGCCGUAGCCAGACUUGAAUUUAAGGUAGGGCAGCUGUUUUUACAAGCAGGGCGGAAAUAAAAAUGUUACUACAUCUGAUCUGCUCAUUAGAUUUUUGGUUUUCUUGACUUGUGAAGGUGAGAAAAAAAAA